UCUCUCUCGUUCGCUCCGACAGGGACAGGCUCACUGACGAAGACUCCCAUGCCGUCCAGUUUCAUCCCGCCUUCACAUACCCAAUAUAUGGCACAGAAGAAAAAUUGUACGGCUACGAGGACCUCCUAAUCGACCUCAGACUUGCCUCCGGCUCGCUGCGGACAUAUCUCAGUGUCUCGUAUGCUGCGAAACUGCCUCCGCCGUCGCCGGUCGAUGAUGUGGAGGGUAUGCUGACAAAACUCAUGCCCGAAGACUACGAGACCGACCUUCCAAAGUUCCUCGAGCAUGUUGAAGAAGACGCACUCUCGUUUAAGCCCUACGGCGAGAAGAUCUACGAGUACACGAAGCGCGCUAGCGGCGAAGCUAAUGGGGAAGCGCAACAAUACGAAGUGUGGCAUGCGAAGUUCGAUACUCCUGGCUUCACGGAAUACCAUCGUAAAAUGCAGAUCUUCAUCCUGCUGUACAUUGAGGGCGGAAGCUAUGUCGACGAAGACCCCGCGUGGGAAUUUGUAUGCUUAUACGAAAAGCGAAAACGCGCCUCGGACGCGUCCUCCAGCUCAGACCCACAGUACACGUACCAUUUCAUGGGCUACAGCUCGCUCUACCCGUUCUACUGCUUCCCGGAACGCGUGCGCCUGCGCCUCUCGCAGUUCGUCGUCCUCCCGCCGUUCCAGCACGCCGGGCACGGCGCCGCGCUCUACAAGGCGAUCUACGGCCACGUGCUCGCGCGCCCCGAGAUCGCGGAGCUGACCGUCGAGGACCCCGCCGAGGCGUUCGAGGACCUCCGCGACCGGUGCGACCUCCGCAUGCUCAUCGCGCACGCGCGCUUCGCGGCGGAGGCGUUUGGCGAGGGCGGGCUGGGCGGCGGUGGUGCUGGUGCGGGGCCGGUGAGGCAUGUGCGGCAUGGUGCAAAGGGCAAAGGCAAGGGCAAAGGCAGAGAGGGCAUGCUUGGUCCGCCGGUGGACAAGCCGUGGGCGGAGCGGUGGAGGACGGAGCUGAAGAUCGCCGGGAGACAGUUCUCGCGCCUGACAGAGAUGCUCCAGCUCCUGCACGUCGACGAGGCGGACCCCCGUCCGUGGCGCGCGUACAGGCUCCAGGUUAAAGAGCGGCUGUACCGUUUCAACUUUGAAGUGCUCAUGCAACUGGACAAGGCCGAGCGGCAGCAAAAGCUCGAGGAGACCUUCCAGAGCGUGUGCGACGACUACCGGCGGAUCUUAGCGAUGGCGAAAAUCUAGGAUUGGUCUCAGGGGGUACUUGGACUGGUAUGUUGUUGUGGCAGUCUAUACUUUCAUCGUUCUGCUGUUGUAUAUAUCUCGUUUUGCCCC